GAACAAGCUGUAGGAAAAACUAAUGGAAAGAUUAUACCAGUCAAUGAAAUGUAUCGCUUGAUCAGAAUGACUCGAGUUAUGUUACUGGCAAUUCAGAUAGCUUCCGAUAUACGAUAUUUAAAAAAUCAAAGCAGAGAAGACAUAAAGAGGAGAAUUUCAAAUCACUCUAGCUUGGAUGAUAAGCAUGAAGAUUGUCUAGAUAUGGUACCAGAGUUCAUCAAUCCUUUAAAUUUUGACAAUAUGCGAGGUCUAUAUCUGGAGUUAGGUUGUCAUACACUCACAUUGGGAGAUAGAGUAAGACGAGGUCCAGAUUGGACUUACAACGAUCAAGAUUUAAGCCUUCCAGGAACAGCUGUUGGAUAUGAUCGAGACGGGUGGGUUAUAGUAGAGUGGGAUCAUGGCAAUAUCUUACCCUAUCCACACGAUGAACAGAUGGAUAGACUACAAAUAAGAAAAGUCAAUGAACCUAGAAUUUUGAUCGAUGAGCUGAUAGCAGUUGGUUGUAGAGUUGUCAGAGGUAGGGAUUGGAAAUAUGGUGAUCAUGACGGAGGAAAAGGAACAGAAGGAACAGUUUUAGGUGUUAAACAAGAAGACAAAGUAGUGGUGAGAAUAGUAAUUAUUUAA